AUCAAUUAUUAUUGCUGCUGCUUCUGGCAGAGAAAUUUAUAACGACAAACAAACAGUUUGAAAUUAGCAAUAGUUAGAUAAGAUAACGAAAUUUGAAAUUAAUCCUAAGGUGUUAAUGUUAAUUAACUGAUAAUGCUUUAAACGUACAGAAACCAACCAUUAACCAGCCAACAUGAGCCAAUGUCAAAGUUAACCAAAAAGAAGCAACCACAUAGUCAACAGCUCGCAAAGAGCCAUCAACGAACCAAAUCGAUCAGGAAUAUAUAAGCAGAGUUGCCUUAGGAACUAGCUUUAACCGCCACCAAUAGCCAUACGGAAUCGAGAUACAAACCGAUCUAAGCCAAAAUGCCUGCAACAGCCACAUCGAAGCAAAGGCCUCCGGCCGUCGAGGAGGGAAUGACGCCCAAGAAAACUGCGUUAAUCAUUGUCACCGUGAUCGGAUGCAUCGCCAUUCUCUGGCCCAAGGUCUUCCAUCCCAUGAUGUUCGGCGGUGUUCCGCCGCCCAAGCCAAACUUGAAGGAUCAGCGAGCAGCUCCCGGCGGAUGUUGUGACGUUGUGCUUGACAGGGAGCAGUUUAUAAAUGUCUCAAAAAAGGACCAUGUAGAGCCAUUCGGUCCGCAUUUGUAUCGCAAACAAAUCAAUGUUUACACGGGCGAAAUAAGUCUGCGCCAGGAGCGUCCAGCCCACCUGCAUCCGGAAUCCAUAUACCAGGCCAUGAAAGAGCGGGGUCGUGCCAUUCCCGCCACGCAAACAGUUCCGAUACUGGAACAACGGAAAACCUCACCCAGUAAUCCGCCUCCGCGGAUCGUGGACGGUCGGCCUGGACCCAUUCCUGGAAUGCGUCCGCCCAUGGGAGCCGGAGCACUGCAUCAACCGCAGCAGCGUGGCAGUAGCAUGGGCUUUCUGAUGCCCCUUUACACGGUCGGAAUUGUGGUGUUCUUCGGCUACACCUUGAUGAAGAUAAUGUUCAAGAAGCAAGUUCCCAAUGAACCGUACGGACCAGCACCAUCGAAUCCUUCGUUCCGACAGGAGGUCUUCGGAAAGCAGAACCACAGUCAGGUGGAGGAUUUAGGCAGCAGCAAAUUGGGCUGGCGAGAGCAUCAGACAAGAGCUGCUGCCGUGAAGUCGCCGGCCGCCAAGGACACCGAAAAGGAGCUCUACAACGCCAGCCUGUCGGCCACCGAGGUGGCCAGCAGUUUGUCCACCUCGCUGAAGAACCACCAGCAGCUGAAGGAGGCCGAGCAGCUGAUGGAGAUCGAGAAGCUGCGCCAAAAGCUCGAGUCCACGGAGCGGGCGAUGGCCCAGUUGGUGGCCGAAAUGAACACCGAUCAGUAUGAGGCAAAGAAAAACGACAACGAAAAAACGAGAGAGCAACUAGACAAGCAGAACCUUUCCAACGGACAUGCAAACACCGACCAAAAACCGGAACAGGAGACAGCAGCGAAGGGAGGCAGGAAACGCCGGGAUCUGAGCGCUGAACGCGAACUAACGGUACUCGGCAUGGAGUUAACAGCCAGUUGCGAGGGCGGCCACAAGUGGACUGGACGCCCUCCAACGCCUGUUUUCCGAGCGCCAAGCGAACAUUCCAAAUUGGAAGAAAAUUUGCCGGAGCCGCAGGCCAUUUACUUGGAAGGCGCUUUGGGCCACGAUUCUCAGAUUUUGGUGGCCGACUCUCAAAUCAAAGAAGAGGUCUACGACUCUGAGCUCAAUGGAUCAGCCGAGGAACCAGCCAUCAUUCUUAGCAGCAGAAUGACAUUGUCAUUGAUUAAUUUGGACUCAAAUCAACAAAAUGGAAAUGCAGGCAAAUCCCCAGUGGAAAGUCCUCUGGCUGAUGACAUCGAAAUAAUUGGACACGACGAGCAGUAGACAAAGAUGUAUACUUUAAUGUAUACCGCUCGAAUUUUAUAUACCCAUAUUUUGGCAAUUAUAACGACGAUUUUUUCAGACGAAACUAUAUAGCAAGGGCCGAGUGAAAUUUCGUUGCUAAUUUCGUUAAACGACGAACAUUAUGACUGAUUAACACGAAACAGAUUUGCCAAUAAUUUGAUAUCUUAUUUGUAUAUACAUAUUGUAUGUUUUGAUAUCUUUGUUUUGAUUUAAAAACGCCAACGUUUUGUCUCCCUCUAAAAUCACAAACCCUGUCUUUCUGCUCUUGAAAAACUUUUCUCAUUUUCGGUCAAACGUAGUCCUACUUGCAUGUCGGGAAAACUCCUUAACUCGAUUAGAAAAACCGCGGUCUUCGUAAACUGCAUGAUUUUAUGUGAAUACUGUUAGCUGAAACUCAAUGCAAAAACUAGUCUACCAUUAUAAGCUAAGCGCAUAUAUAUUUCAACCGCAUCAUCUAUUAUUGAGAACUCUUCGCAUUCAGAGCCCCGUAGUAACUUGUCAAGGAAAUUUACUCAAAGUUCCGAUCGAUUGCACAUUAUGAUUAAACAACUAAAGUUAGUGCUACAGCGUUUGUGAACCUAGUAUAAUGAAUAAAUUGAAAACCGAACUUGA